GCGCGCCAGACGCGAGAGGCCCGGGCUUCCGGUUGUUCUCAGGGCUUGAGUUCCGGGCUUCUGGUGGCGCCGCUGCGCCCCCGGGGCAGGACAUGGAGAAGCUGCGGCGGGUCCUGAGCGGCCAGGACGACGAGGAGCAGGGCCUGACCUCGCAGGUCCUGGAUGCCUCGUCUCUUAGUUUCAACACCAGGUUGAAGUGGUUCGCCAUAUGCUUCGUGAGCGGCAUUUGCUUCUCUAUCCUUGGAACUGGAUUGCUGUGGCUCCCUGGUGGUGUAAAGCUUUUUGCAGUAUUUUAUACCCUUGGAAAUAUUGCUGCAUUAGCCAGUACGUGCUUUCUAAUGGGCCCCAUGAAGCAACUGAAGAAAAUGUUUGAAACAACAAGAUUGCUUGCAACAAUUAUUAUGCUUUUGUGUUUCCUGUGUACCCUGUGUGCUGCUUUUUGGUGGCAUAAGAAGGGACUGGCAUUAUUAUUCUGCAUAUUGCAGUUCUUGUCAAUGACCUGGUACAGCCUGUCAUACAUCCCGUAUGCAAGGGAUGCCGUAAUUAAAUGCUGUUCUUCUCUCCUAAAUUGAAAAUCAGAAACUCUUUGAAAAGGGCUUUUGAAAGUUGAUGUCUGUGUUUGGUGAAGGAUGCCUUUCCUGUGUAAUAAUCACUCCAGAAACAAUACUGUGACAAUUCAAGCCCAUUCUGUAAACUGGCAAAAACUGUACGCUUGAUUAAACUGUUAAAUGCUGUAACGUUAAAUUCAUUAUGUGUCAUUAAUGUGCUCUUCCAAAGGUAAGGAGAUUCUAAUCAUUGUCAAUUAUAAAUAAUUUUUAGCCAGUUUUUUAAAUCUUUUCUAAACAGCAUUUGAGAUGUGAAUAUUUAAGGCCAAACCUACGCUGCAAGAUGUAUUCAGCUUUUAUGGCUUUUUAAAAAUUUCUACGUUUUUAAAAUAUAAUCUUUAAGAAAAAUGUGAAGGUUUUAACUUUAAGCUGAAAUUACUUAUUAUAUGUAAUGAAAAUAAUAUAUAAAGCUUUACAGUUUUGAAAUAAACCCACAUUUGGAAAACUGA